UGAUUUUGAUUUUGAUUUUGAUUUUGAUUAUAAUGACCAAACCAACCAUGAUGAUUCUAAUGACAAUUCUAAUGCCAACAUAAAUAUACCUCCAGACUUAUUCAAUCGUUUACAAACAUUUCCAUUAUUUAAGAAGGCUCCUAAAUCUUUUCUUAAUAAAGUUGCCUCCAAAUUAACCCUUAUGCAAUAUCAUCCACAAGAAUAUAUCAUUAAAAAGGGAGAUCCUUCUAAAUCAAUGUAUUGGAUCUUGAAAGGAACUGUGAGUGUAACUUCAACUGAUGGUGAAUCCAUCUAUGCUGAACUUGCUUCUGGAUCUUUCUUUGGAGAAAUCGGGAUUCUCUUCAAUCGUCCGAGAACUGCCACGGUGGUAGCAAGAACAAGAGUAUUGGUAGGGGUAUUAACUUCAGAAGCUUUAAAUCCAGUAUUGAAACAUUAUCCUUUAAUAGAAAGAAGAAUUAGAGAUGAAGCUCAAGAACGUUUAGCCAUGCAAGAGAAACGUAAUAAAUAUGAAUUACCCAUUUUAACUCCAAUUCAUCAGGCUCCAGCUAAACAUAAUCAUAGUCAUCAACCAAAUCAUGCCAUAACUCAGAAUGGUAUAAAUGCUUCUGUAUUAGCUACUCAAGCAUCUAUAAUCCCUGGUCCAAGUUUACCUCCUAUCUCAAAUAGUCCAUCACCCUCGAAUCUUUCUACCAGUAAUAUUGAAGCAUCCCUUUCUAUCCAAGAUUUCAUAAAGAAUUUACCUAUUUUCCAAAACUUACCAUCAAAAAUCAUUCAUAAAGUUGCUUUGGGUAUUGAACCUUUAAAGUUUAAUCCUUUUGAAUACAUUAUUCAUAAGGAAGAUACUGAUUCAGAUAUUUUCUUUAUUAUUAAUGGUGAAGUAGAAGUUAUUGAUCAUUCUUAUAAUAACUUUGGGAAUUUAGUAGAACAUACAUUGGCACGUUUAAAUUCAGGAAGUUAUUUCGGAGAAAUGUCAUUCUUAUCAUUUUUAAAUGGAGAAUCUACCACUAGAAGAAGUGCAUCUAUAAGAUCUAUUUCAAAUGUAGAAUUAUUAGUGGUUAAAUCAGAUAAAUUGGAAAGACUCUGUGCCAGAUAUCCAUUCAUAAUUGAAGAUAUGAGAAAGACAGCUGAUGCCAGAAAUAAAUCCAAUAACUCUAUUCAUGAAAAUGAAAUAAAGUCAAGAUUAUCCAUUAACUAUUUAAUUAAUCAACAUGAUGAAUCGGAAUCUUCAUUAGCAUCAUCACCUUCAUCUCCUUCACCUCAACUUCAUGCCCCAAUUCCUCAAUCCAUUCCUCCAUCUUUGCAUUCUCCAGUUCCAAUGUCUUCAGGAGUACCAUCAUCAGCAACAUCAUUGUUUUCUAAUUCUUUUACUUUUGGUAAACCAAUCACCUCUCCAACAGAUCAAGCACAACUCACUAGAUAUUCAAGAUCAGUAUCUCCUAUCACCAAUAUCUCUCCUUCAGUCUCACCAAUCUCAUCAUUUGAUGUAUUAAAUAAGGAAUCUACUAGAAAUACUUCGUUUAUGGAUGAUCAACAACCUAAUUUCAGAAAGAGAAAAUCCAUUCAUACUGAUAUUAAUCUUACAUUACCUGCUUCAAAUCCCGUAGUAUCAUCACUCAAUAAUUUCCAAAGCUUUAAUAGUCAAUCACAAGUUAAUAAAUUCCAAUACUUACCUCAUAAUAAAAGAAUUAGACUUGCUAGUGUGAGUAGAAGAAGAUCAUCUGUAUUAAGUAAUAAUGGUCCUUUACCUGAUAAACUUCUUUUAAAAGUAUUUGAAUUCUUAACUUUACCAGAAUUAAUGAAACUUCGAGUUAUUAGUAGACGUUGGCGUCAAUUAUUAUAUGCUGCCCCUAAUUUAUGUACUAAUCUUGAUUUAACUCCAUGGAAUACUUCAAUUGAUGAUAAUGCUUUAAUUUCCAUAACGGAUUUUGUUGGUUCAAGACCUACAAGAAUUGAUAUUUCUAAUUGUUUUCAUAUUACUGAUGAAGGAUAUAGUUAUAUGGUUAAUGAGAUUGGAAUUAAUGGAAGAAUUGAAGUAAUUAAAAUGAAAUCUAAUUGGGAUGUUAGUGCUAUGGCAAUAAUGGAUCUUACAGUUCCCAGUGUUGGAAGAUAUCUUGAAGAAAUUGAUUUAUCUAAUUGUCGCAAAGUAAGAGAUAAUGUAAUUGAAAGAUUAAUUGGAUAUGAUGAAUCAUCUGAUGGUGAUGAUAAUUCUAAUCAACAAUUAAUGGCAGUUAAUAAUAUUGAAGAUCAUGAUUAUGGAUGUAAGAAUCUUAAGAUUUUGAAUGUGGGAUAUUGUAAACAUUUGACUGAUAAUGUCAUGCAUCAUAUUGCUAAUCAUGCUAAUAAAAGAUUAGAAAGUUUGGAUUUAACUAGAUGUACUGCCAUUACUGAUAAGGGAUUCCAAUAUUGGACUUAUAGAACAUUUCCUAAUCUUAAGAAAUUAUCCUUAAAGGAUUGUACUUUCUUGACUGAUAAAUCAAUUAUUUCAAUUGCUAAUGCUGCUACUAAUUUAGAAAUUCUUGAUUUGAAUUUUUGUUGUUCAUUAACUGAUAUUGCCAUUGAAGUUCUUUGUAUGGGAUGUCCAAAUAUUCGAGAAUUAGAUUUAUCAUUCUGUGGUUCGGCUGUUAGUGAUUCUUCAUUAGUAGCUAUAUCUCUUCAUAUGAGAAACCUAGAGAAGUUAAUUCUUAAAGGUUGUAUUAGAGUCACAAGAGCUGGUGUAGAUGCACUCUUGAGUGGAUGUUCUCCAUUGAAUUAUAUUAAUAUUAGUCAAUGUAAAAAUGCUCAUAUCUAUCCAGGAAGAAUCCCAGCUCAGAAGUUAAAUAUCAAUCCUCAAACAAAGUCUGCCUUUGUUACGGCAGGUCCAUUUCAAAACAUUAUUGAAAUCGUCAUUUAGUAUUGUUACAUUACUUACACUUACAUAUAAAUUACUUUCAAAUAUAUUCUGUAUUAUUAUUGCUUUAACUCCUUAUACACCUCUAUUCAUGUAGUCUUCUUCUUCUUCUUCUUCUGCUUAUCUUCGAAUUCAAUACUGGAAAUAGGAACCCCUUUCUCCUUUAACAAUUCAAUGAUAAUCUUUGCGUGAGGUCCUUGUACUGUAACUUCAGU